AUGGUAAAAAAUAGUAUAAUUUUAAGUAAAUUAAUAUUAAUAAGGAGGAAGAAAAAAGAAAAAAAUAUGAUGAGAAGCAAUAAGAAUAUUUGAAAAAGAAGGAGUUAAUGGAUGAGUUCUAAAAACAGUAAAUGGAAGAAAAGAUUAGGAGAUAUGAAGAAAAAGAAAAAAAAAUAAAACUAAUAUUAUUUAAUAAUGAAUUUAUGCAAGAACAAUAGAGGAAUGAUUUAGAAUAAAAACUGAAUAAAACUCAAUAGAAACUUAGUAGUUUGAAUAAUAAAAAGGAAUUUGAAAACAAAUACAGGUAAAAUUAUAUAGAAUAAGACUAGAAUUACUUAAUAAAUUAUAAAAGAAUUAGACACCGAGGAUAAUAUUAGGAGAAUGGAAUAAUUAAGUGGAUAUCGAAGAUUGAAAUUGGAAUAGAAGAUGACUAAGGAUGAAGAAAAAUGUUAAUAGAUGAGAAAAGAUAGGGAAUAAAUUAGUAAAUUGGCAGAUCAGAUAAGAAAAGAAGCAGAAGAGAAAAGGAAAAUGUUUAUGUUAGAUUAUGAGAAAAAAAAACGAAUGUAAUCUGAUGGAUUUAGAAAAAUGAAUUCAUCAUUAGGAUAAUGA